AUGCAAUCAUCUGCUUCAAAGAAUUAUCAUGAGCAUUUUGCUACAUUAAGGGAAUAUUCGGGAAAGGAACGAAGUUACAAACGCACCAACCCAAGGUUUUCGUCUUCCUUGACAACUAGUGUUGGGAGUGUUGGAAACCCUAAACCACAAUACAAUGUUUGUAAUAAAUUGCAUUUCAGAAAGUGUCGGAUGAGAAGUAGGGCUUGCUUUAAGUGUGGUUCUCUCAACCAUUUUCUUAAAGAUUGCCUAGAAAGGGUUGAGAAAGACAUUGAACAGACCCGAAAGCUGAGUAAUCCUUCCUUGAGAGGCAGACCACCAAGGUAUUUCAGAAAUAUUAGUGGUAUUAGUAGUGCUGCAAAAGAUUCAAUAGCUAAAUCCGAGGCUCGAGCUCCGGCAAGAACAUAUGCUAUACGUGCAAGGGAAGAUGCUUCGGCACCAGAUAUUAUCACUAGUACAUUCUCUUUACUUGAUACUAAUAUUAUUGCUUUGAUUGGUCCUGAAAAACUACUUGGUUUACCUCCAGUUAGAGAGGUGGAAUUUUCUAUAGACCUUGUGCCAGGGAUGACGCCGAUAUCUAUAGCACCAUAUAGAAUGGCUCCUACGGAAUUGAAAGAGUUGUAA